GAUAUAGCGCAGCAGUCGGUUUGUAUCCAUAGACAACUCUAUCCUAUCCAAGUCAAGGUUUGUGGGAGGUUUAAACCUACUAGUCUACUUUCUAAUGCCGUUUUGGUGAGCUUUCAACUGGAAGCAACAGCUAAUUAUAGCGAGAGUAGUUUACUGCAAGAAGCUUCAGUUUCGCGGUGUUGGUCGGGCUACUCAUAGGAAUUAACGAAGAAGACGCAAGACGCUCCUUAGAUUUCACCAACGCAUAAAGGAGAACAUCUUUAUUUUUCCUUGCCUGAAAGGAAGACUUGUAUUUGUAGACUAACGCCUACUAAUAGAAGACGGCCUCCAUCGCAGUGUUUCGGGAAGUUUGGGUUGUAAAUACGCCUGUGGGUCAUUUAUUUCGGCUAAGAUUUACCAGUGGGAUUGGAGUGUAUUUCCUCUCUUGCUUUUCAAUGCUUUGUGAGAACGGGUGGUCGUCUACAGUAAAAAGGUAAGGCUAUUGAUAACGGAGAUAAGUGAAGAGUGCGCUCCCACGCCUGCCCUGACCUCUAGAUGCCGGGCAUAAACUCCACCACCGCCCCUCACUAUGAGUCCGGCUGGGAGAUGGAGUACGACCACUAUCAACAUUACUUCUACGACGACCACGAUCCGGAUGAGGAUUUCUUUAAAUCCACUGCGCCCAGCGAGGACAUUUGGAAGAAAUUUGAGCUAGUACCGACCCCGCCCAUGUCCCCUACCCGGACUUUAGAGGGGGCAGCCGGGGUCGGGAUGGUCUACCCUUCGCUGGGGGACAAACUCGAGUGGGUGUCCCAGUUUUUGGGUCAAGAGGACGACCAGGAUGUGCCGUGUAAAUUCAGUUCCGCCGACGAGGCUUUGGGGAACCUGAGCUCCAUUAUCAUCCAGGACUGCAUGUGGAGCAGCUUCUCAGCGGGCAAACAGCUAGAGAAAGUUAUCGGGGAGCGACAUGCUUCCUGUCCCGGGUCGGGGUCGACCAAACCGGCCCUGCAGCAGGUGGGAGCUGGCAUCAACACCACCGGGAGGGCGCAGUGUGUGACGAUACCCAUGGACGCUCCGGUUCUAGGUAGCUUGGCAACGGAUUGCGUGGACCCGGGUGCUGUUCUCACCUUCCCCCUGGCCGGGGGAGCGUUCAAGAAACCUGCGGUGUCGUCCGGUUCGGAAUCCCCCACAGACUCAUCAGAUGAUGAAUCUAGUGAUGAUGAGGACGAAGAGGAGAUUGAUGUGGUGACUGUGGAACACAAGCAGUACAAGCCCCGGCGGCUGGCCAACGGCAGGCUGAACGGGCGGACGCCGGUGACCAUCACGGUCGGAGCGGACCCUGUGGACCCGUGUAUGAAACACUUCCACAUCUCUAUCCACCAACAGCAGCAUAACUACGCAGCGCCUUCCCCAGACACACACAAACAUCCCGAGCCCCCCAGGAAGAGAGUCCGACACGAGCCCCUAAACUCUUCUCAUAACUUCUCAAACUCAUCUCACCCCAAGCCACACCCAGGCCCCGCCUCAACCAAUCAGAACCCUGAGAGCAAACCACCUCACGUCGCAGUGGCAACGACCGGUUCGGAGUCACCUGACGCCAACACACUCAUCCUUGCCUCCUCCCCCUCGAACUCUCCCCCAUCCUCCUCCCACCGCCACCUCUCCUCCUUGAAGUCCUGCUCCCACCCCUGCAGCCCCCAGUCCUCCGACUGUGAGGACACGGACAAACGCAAGACUCACAACUUCCUGGAACGUAAACGGCGCAAUGACCUGCGCUCUCGUUUCCUGGCGCUGCGGGACAACAUCCCUGGCUUGGCAGAGUGCCCCAAGACACCCAAGGUGGCCAUCCUGACACGUGCCACUGAGUACCUGGCGCAGCUGCAUUCUAGCGAGCGCCAGCGGGCACAGGAGAAACGUCAGCUGAAGGCCAGGCAACAGCAGCUACUCCGCAGGUUGGCACAGCUCAAACAAUGCCCCUGAACUCACUGACUGGCAGGCUGGCAAAGCUCAAACAACAUCCCUGAACUGAUUGGCAUACUGACUGGCAGCGACCUCUAGUCGACAGAAACCAGGACUCUCAUUAACUGGCAGGCUGGCAGGGAGAGAAGCCCAAGUUGUAUGCUUUGCUGAACCCUAUAUUAUAAACCAGGACUGAGUCAAAACCAGGGACGGCUCUCAAGCCGAUAUUAUUAAACCAGGACUGAGUCAAAACCAGGGACGGAUCUCAAGCCGAUAUUUUUAAACCAGGACUGAAUCAAAACCAGGGACGGAUUUGAGAGGAUUUUCUUGCUCUCGUUGGCCCAAUCCCAAAUGGAUCCCUGGGCCCCUAUUCGUAGGAAAGCGGUUCAAGAUCUGCAAGGACAACAACGAUCAAGGGAAAGGACAUAGUGGGUUUAGUGUUGGGAUGGGGUUGUGAACUCCCAGACACACACACACACACACAGGAUGAGAUUAAGGAGCGAAGACACGAACGGUCACUUUGUGGGAUGGGGAAGUGGGUUAUAAUGUGUUGUUAGAGUUCUGUUGUUUUGCACAUUUGCUUCAGAGUGAUUGACAGAGCAAUCAUCUCGUCAGGAAGGACAGUAACCUGAUGUCACGUGAUCAUAGUUUUGUUAUUUGGGGGGUGGGGGGGUUCUGGGCUGGCAUUUUAUCUCUCUGUUAUAUCUACCAAAUGAAUAAAGUAUGUAAAUAUUUUUAAUGUUAAGUCAUGUUUCCCGAUUGGAUUGAUUGAUCGAUUGAUUUGAUUGAUCGAUUGAUUUGUUAAUGGGAAGUUAUCAUGCCACGUAGGCGGUGUGAGAUCUGAUUGAUCGAUUGGAUUGAUCGAUUGGAUUGAUUGUAUCUGAUUGUAUGCAUUGUGUAAAGAAGAUUAUGCCUCGCUACAGCAACGACUCAGAUGGAGUUGAUGUUGACAUUGAGAACAUCUUGAAAAAUAGUCCUUAAACUAAAUACAUUUUUGAUCCACUCUGAAACUCAACAAUAUCUUUAUACUUUCGGUGCCAUUUUGAAACCAGUCAGUGACUAAUGGAUUUUUUUUUUUCUUCUAAUGAUCAAAAUGUUAGCCAUUGCAAACAAUGGCCGUUCAUUUGAAACGGACAGGAAAUGGAACAUCUGCUUGUCCAUGUUAACGUUGCCCCUAUAAUAUUUGCCAACCUUAUUUCCUGUUAUUGUCUAAGACUGUAUGGUGUGUGUGUGUGUGUGUUUGCAUGUCUCCUUCUGGGUGUUACAUAGGAGUAUCCUUCUAUAGAGUCCCUAAUGAACCAAAACCAGAGCUUUCAGAUCAGCCUGUGUUGUGUGUGUGUGUGUGUUACAUAGGAGUAUCCUUCUAUAGAGUCCCUAAUGAACCAAAAACAGAGCUUUCAGAUUUAAUUCUAUUUUCUUUCCUGUUUCCUGUCACUGGCUUAACUCAAAUUUCAAAAUGCUUAUUUUUUUGUUGUUGUUAGUAAAAAGGUGAAGUAAAUAAACAUUCAAAUAAUAACACGAUUGAAACGUUACUUUGAUCACACUUGCCACUUUGUGACGCUGUUCUCAAUGCCUGUUUUUCUUUACAGUUCUAAUUGAGUUUUUUUGUUGAUUUGUACAAAAGGUCAGAGUUUUGUACUAUAUUUUCCUACAGUGUUUUUUGUUGUUGUUGUGAGCUGAUGUGGUUGGUAUGGCUGUUAUGUGCUGCCCCUCACUCUCUCCCUCCCCCCCACUCUCUCUCACCCCCCUCCCGGUCUCUCUCACCCUUCCCUGCUCAAACUAAUCACUAUCUAGCCAGCACUUUCUAAAAUCUCACAAUAGGGCACCUAAGAGGAUGUAGUUCUUAAAGGCCUUGGCCGGUCGGUGCGUAGCCUGAAGUGAACCCACAGUCUCAGCCCCCCACCCCCCAGGGAACCCACUGUCUCAGCCCCUCCCUCCCUCACCCCUAGUGAACCCACUGUCUCAGCCCCUCCCUCCCUCACCCCCAGUGAACCCACUGUCUCAGCCCCUCCCUCACCCCCAGUGAACCCACUGUCUCAGCCCCUCCCUCCCUCACCCCCAGUGAACCCACUGUCUCAGCCCUAUCCUCACCCCCAGUGAACCCACUGUCUCAGCCCUAUCCUCCCUCCCUCACCCCCAGUGAACCCACUGUCUCAGCCCCUCAGACUCCCACCAGCUGUAUCACAGCAUGUUAGUUAACUCUGGGGGUGAUUAGUUGAAGCCAUAGCAACAGAGAAGCUCUGAAACUACGGUUGCGUGCCAAAUGGUUCCCUAUAUAGUAAUCCACUACUGACUAGAACCCUAUGGGCCCUAAUCCAUUUAUAGUGCACGCCCCAAGAACUCUAUGGGCCCUGGAACAAAAAAAAUAUUGUACAAUGUAGGGAAUAGGGUGCCAUAGGAGAUGAGCACUCAUCCUCUAGUGUAACAGACUUGAUGAUGUAUUUUUAAUAUAACCUACUCAGUGGCCUGUCAUCAUCCUUGUUACUGAGAGAGAGAGAGAGAGAGAGAUCUCAGGAUUACCUCGGUAGGAGCUCUGAUCUAGGAUCAGUUUUGGCAUAUAGAUAAAACAAUAAUAAGAUUAGAAAUGGACAGAUUCUAGAUCAGCACUCCUACUCUCAGAUGCGUUGUGGAUAUGGGCCCAGGGAGCGAGAGGAUUAGAUUGGGUGGCAACUAUUUUUGUUUUGUUUUGGGCAGCCUGGUUUCAGAAGGUGAGCUGCUACUAAUGUUAACCCUGAAAGCUUGGAUUACUCCCUCUGCCUCCCACAGAGUAGCGAGGGCGAGCGUAGAGCGGAACGAUGGAGAGGGUGAGAUAGUAGGGGAAAGGGCAGUUGGAAGAGAGAGAGAGAGAGAGACAGAGACAGAGACAGAGAGAGUGUAGGAAGGAAGGGAGGGAGGGAGGGAGAGCAAAACUAGAGUAUCUCUUCACUUUCACUACUUUCUUCAUCUGUUCCUUCAGCACAUACCAUCAGUAGCCUGUAUUUAUCUCUUGUAACGCAAGGUCUAUUAGCGCCGCCUCAGGAUUGGCUGUAGCCCAUUGUAGUUUGGAUUUGAUUUGUCACUGGUCUCUGUGUGUUAGACACAGUCAUUUUGGCAGUGGGCCAUACUACACUUCACUCUGGGAAUUCUAAUAUGGUGGCAGGCAGCCUUGUCUCAAGCACUUUGUUUUCAGUACCUCAAGCCUAUAUGUACAGGGAGAAUCAGACCAAUGUAAUAAAUUCAAAACAUCA